AUGUCGACGAUCAGACUGGCCACAGCAGCGAACGUCCGAGCCUUCCAAAUACUUUGCAACGCGCUGGACGGAAGCAAUAUCGGUUACUCAUUAGAUCGCGAAGCACUUCAGGAUGAGUUUGGUAGAUUUCGGGUCUGGUCCGGAAAUCUAGGAGCGCUGCAAAAGGGCCACAGUUCGCUGGACUACCGACUUCGUGAUUCACCGCUCCUUUCAGGCAAUGUCUUGAAGCUGUUAAAAGAGCUCGAGGAAAAUCUAGAAUCAUCUUUCGCUGUGGUCUCCGGCGCUCGUCUGCCGUAUGAGCACCAGGCGAAGUCAGAAGGGACUGAUGAAGAUGAUGACGAUGAUUUUUAUAGCGAAGAUGAAGAUGGGGACAGCAACAAUGGAGCUCCGAAGACGGAGCUCGAGAUGCGCUUUCGAGAAGUGGUUGACAUCAUCGACAAUCUUUAUAAACUUUCUGUUCGCAUUCGACAACCAACCAUCCGAUCUAGGUCCCUCAAAGCAUCAUCCUAUCGACCGAAGGAUCCCGAGACUGGAGUAGAUAUCCUACAGCAAUACGCCAUCUUCGAUCUUCAAUACGUCCGAGAACUCGUGAAACACCUCAGGGUUCCUCAUUCAAAUGCAGCGAUACCCGAAGACGACAUCCUGAUAGGCCGUCUUAGCCGAGCAGUUACCCUCCGAAGACGGCAAUUCAAGUAUUGGCAGCGUCAUCGAGACAAGUUGGGAGUGUCUACCGUGGUCGGAGAUGGACCUCAAGUACAGCCACCAAUUGAGCGCCCUGAUGCGCUUCAUCGACACGACACUCUCGAAGCACAGCCCGGCAUCCCCACUGUGCCACUAUUCGAGGAGGCGCCAAGCCAAAAGACUGGGAAAACUCUCCUCUCCGGUACAGAAGCGACGCACCACCAACAGUCACUGGACGAUAUCGUGGAUUCGAAAUCCGUUACGAGUUAUGCCACCACGGUCCGCGAUCUUUCCGGGAAAGGAGUGGAGCUGGCCCCUCCCCCGAAAGCCGCCGACGGAGAGCGGGAUUUUGAAUGCCCGUAUUGCUUCAUCAUCUGCCCGGCCAGAUACGGCAAGGGUCGACCCUGGAGGACCCAUCUGCUUCAGGAUCUGCAGCCCUAUGUUUGUACUUAUGCAGAGUGCGAAAUGCCAGAUCAACUUUUUAGGAGUCGUCGAGAAUGGUCAGAGCACGAAGCUAGCCAUCGCAAAGCAUGGCGGUGCCCGGAGCACCCCACCGCGAUCUACAAGUCUCGGACCGGUCUUCAAGAUCAUCUUCGUGUGAAACACUCUGACAGCUUCCCAGAAAGCCAACUGGACAGUAUUGUGAAAGUUGGCGAGACCUCUACGAUCGAUAUGCGCCAGGCCUGUCCCAUCUGCUGCUGUCCGUCUGCAGACAUAGAAGGAAUGGGUGGCCUGCAAAACCACAUUGCCAAUCACUUGGAGAGAAUUGCUGCUUUCGCUCUCCCGACGAUCUCGGACGAUGAUUCAGACGGGGCAAGUUCUGCGGCGUCCCGAGGAAGGACGGAUAGCAGUGGCCACCAAGCGCUAAGCGGCAUCCCGUUUGGCAGCGACAGCAGUCGCGAGGAAGACCACAUGAUAGAAUCCGCGGAAGUGAGGUCCACAAGCGCGUCCAUAUUGCAAGAGCUACCUUUAGCCGGAUUCGAAAUCAACGAGCCAUCCAACGAGAAAGGAGUGCUUUCCGCCGAAAGUUUGCGAGAUCUACCAGAUGCAAGCCAAAAGCGAUUAGAUAUACUUCUUUCCAGCCAAAUGGCCGAAGGUCACGAUGGCGACUAUUUUGAUGCCGAAGUUCCAGCUGAGGUUGAAGAACACAUGGCCGAGAUGGAAGCAUUCCGGAAGUACCUUAUGUCGUUGCCGGGUGCGCAAUCGGUACGCUUCUACCGCCGUUACGGCUCGUGGAGAGGCCAUGUCAAUUUCAAGGACGAAGGCUCUGCUCUUGCUGCAAAUAUGGCAUUUGACGGGAUACAGCAUCCGCGCGUCAAGCUCCGUCAAGGAACAGAGAACAAGGCCACUUUGAAAUUCAAUCUCCUCCCCGUACAGGAAGGAGCGGGGAAGACAGUGUCACCCUAUCAGCCACUUGCCGAACCGCCCGCUUCGCGCAGUGUCUCUUCAGAAUCCAUUUCUUACGGAGAACGGGACCAAAAGGAACAGCCGCCAAUAUUGACCGUUUCAGAAAUACCCACUCUCCGCUCGCUUUACCGAUCCGGCAAGCUACUGCAGGGGGAGCAAAGCUAUACGCCCAACGAUGAUUACGCUCAGAUCAUUUCAUUCUGCUUCUACGACCUAACGCGGCUAAAGGUAGACGUUAUCGUGAACAGUGCCAACCGCGCCCUGAAGAUUACCAAAUCGAGUAUGACUCUUAAUAACACGAUCCAUAAAGCAGCCGGACCGGGGCUGAAGUCGGAAUGCAAGGGCAUCGGAAAGAUAAAGGUCGGUCAAGCAGCCCUCACCGCAGGCCAUGACCUCCCGACCGCCCACGUUAUCCACGUGGCGAGACCCCAAUAUGGUGCCGGAAAAGGGAUGGGCCAAUACAACAUCCUUACCGAGUGCUACCGCAGUGUGCUGAAGAUUAGCAUGAACAAUGGACUUAAGACUGUAGCUUUCCCCUCGUUAGGCGCCGGAGGCGUCGGUUUCCCUCCCCGGGUAGCGGCCAGAAUCGCUUUGCAAGAAGUGCGCGAGUUUCUCGACUCUCACCCGGGGCAUCCGUUUGAACGUAUCAUCUUUUGUGUCUUCAGCGCCGUCGACGAAAAAGCAUAUAUGGAUUUCUUGCCCAUCUUCUUCCCUCCAACGCAAGACGACCUUGACAACGCCAUACACACUACCCCCGAGAGGAAUCGCGCUGCAUUGGGAGCGCAGUUACUGGACGCUUAUACCCUAAUCGACACAAUCGCUCAAGACCUAGUCAAUUAUGCCGAACAGAUGAGUGGUUUUCCUCCGCGCGUGCUUGAAGAGCUCGCAGGAAUUACAUCGGCCCUACGCUCCCUGAAGGGCCUUUUGCUCGGGCCAAGAGAGGCGAUCAGCAACCUGCGAGGGCUGUCGCUUGCCGAUGUCGAGCUAAUUUGCGACGUUGUGCAGACUCUUUGUGGUAGCGUGACGGAGAUCAUCGAGCUGGCGAAAGCAAAAACCAAUCUGGGGCAACCGGACCACAAGGCCAUUUGGGAUGAUUACAAUUUCCACAUGAGGAGUAGUCAGGGCCUAAAUCUCGUUGAGCUUCUCGAGAUCUGCCAAGAUUUUGUACAGUGCUUGGAGGAUGUUCUCGUGCGGCAAGUGCAUGAUCUCCUUGUUGUGCAAGAUGGCAUGAGGCCACCCGAGAUGAGUACCAUGUCAAUAAGGCUUGGGAGUUGGCUUCUAAAGCAAAGUGGGAAAGGAGAAAAGGGUGUCCGGGAGCAUUUCGAAGAGGUCAUGUAUACCCGAGAGUUUCAGAGAGAAGCAGCUACCCCGAGCCGGACCGAUGUCGUCAAGCUGCAUCAAGUCCCAUCGAUUGCCCGCAUGUAUCAGCUGGGCGAGCUUGACAGAAGACCUACGAACGUUGUCCCAAACGCCCGCUUCAACUACACGGUAUGCCUCAUUAGAGAAGACAUUACCAGGCUGGAGGUCGACGUCCUAGUGAAUUCUACCGACAAGACUUUUGCAGGCAUGGGCACGCUAGAUCGAACGGUCUUUCGAAAGGGUGGUCUUGACAUGCAGACUGCCUGUUCGACCUUCGGUUGGUGCAAAGAAGGAGACGUCAAGCUGACGGCGGGAUACCUGCUUCCCGCGAAGCAAGUGUAUCACACCGUCCCUCCGGAAACGUAUCGGUCUAACACCAAGGACGUGCUACGCAGCAUAUACCGUGAAGUACUGCGCAUGGCCGGCUCGAUGAAAGCAACAUCUAUAGCGAUCCCGAGCAUUGGGACAGUAAGCAAAACCUUCCCUAUAACGCGCCUACCUGAGGUCUAUGGGUCGAACGAUGAGUUCAUCUACAAAUCGCUCCUCCCUGUUUAUUUCCCGCCAGUGGAUCUCAAUGUCAACAAGGCGUUACCUGCCAGCGGUGUGCCCUCCUCCAGGCCGAUAAACGUACCAACCCCACCGGCCUCCAGCGAGCCAUCUUCACCACCGCGCCGCACGCUUUUCACCUCCAUCGGCGAAGCACUGCGCAGUGUGCGCUUCGGAAAGCAGCCUGUUUCGCAUACGAUGCGGCCUUUGCAGUCUGGUGAGGAGCAUGCAUUAAUCAGUUUUGAGAGGCAUGCUCGAGAUUGCCCCACUUGCAGCAAUAUCCACAAGGUGUACGUUGAGGGUCACAAUUUGUGCUCCGACGGAUAUGGCCUUGGUCAGCUCGUCUUGCAGUACUUAUACAUGGAAGCCGAUCAAUCUGUCUACUCCACCAAUCUAGAUGGCGGCAGGCGCGUCCGGGUUGAGAUCCCUACGGAGUUUCCCUUCUCUUGGGAGCUUCUUGAGACCGUCGAGCGGAGUUUCCGCCACGCCAAUCGGGGCCAGCCUUUUGUCAGUCCAAAUCAACCGUGGCCAGGACCAGGCGAUCAGAGACUUCGACCGGAAGCCUUGCCACCCGGCGUCACUGUUUACGAGGCUGAUGUCACCCUCCCUGUCAUAACCGAGGCCGAAAAGGCUACAGCAGCGGUACAUGUAUGGUCGGAUACAGGGAACCUCUGGGAGCCGCUACAACAGAGCCAAUGCAGCAUCUACCUCUUUCCAGGCAGAGUCAGAGUAUUUGCAAGAGACCCGGAGACAGAGAUUCACCCACCUGCGCCUCAGCUCUCCCUUGAGCUUACGCCGCAGGUGCUUAUUGAGAGGUCCACCAGUUCGGAUAUUACUGUCGACAGGGCUCGCACGUUCAGUGAAUCAGUCGUCAAGUCGGCCAGCAAGUUCUUGUUCACAUGCGAGGGUCCAAUGGAAUGCGAAAUGCUCUUCCAGAGACUGAAGCACAUGGCUCAGAAUAGCCCGAAGCACUCAGAACAACAGAGCGAACAGGAGCUGUCCGAGUUUGUUCAGCCACGAACCGGUGUCGUUCCAGACGAAUUCUGGGUCUGCGGAAAAUGCAACGCCGGCCACCUGACCCACCUUAUACACAAGACAUGCGCAGCCUGCGGGCAUCCGCGAGAUCACUGCUGCGUCGGGCCUGGUGAGCGCUUCCCGAGACCUACGGAGCCCCCGACAAGCAAUGAGUCUACUUCGCUCAGCCCUCCUUCAACUGGUUUCAGGAGAAAGUCAGACACCGGACUAACGAAGAUACGUGGAAGUGGGCACUCUUCAAUCGGCCAAGGCGCCUCCGCUACGAUGAUCGAAGAAGAGGGGGCAUUCGAUCUAGACUCUUCCGAUGCCAUGCGGGUUCGAGGCCCCGCCUUGACCCUGCUGGGCCAAAGGGUGCUCGCGUACCUGAGAGCCCUUCCGCAAACGAAUGCCGGUCUUUAUACGCACGACCUUGCGGCAGCAUUAGAUGCUGACGUCGCCGACAUAGAGCGAGUGACAGAACACCUGAAAGCCCUCAAUCUCAUCCAUCCUGUUUUCGGACAUAUUCAGGCCUGGGCCGCCACUGAUAAGCCAGACUCGCUUCCUGCACUCACUCAGCAACCUUCUUAUAGAGAAUCCAAACAUAUCCACGAUGAGGAGGAGCCUUCAGAGUCGGAGUCGGAGCCGAAUUUGAGUCCAGAGCUGCCUCCAAGCCAAGGCGUAGACGUGCUACUCUCGGAUCUCUCAAACAUAGACAUAACUAGGCGAUCGCGCCGUUCUUUCGAAGAGCAUCGACACCUUGCCCUACCCUCUCCACCUGCAGGCGCGGCUUCAGACAUCGAACCAAGAGGCCUGUCCACAAGUAACAUCCACAAGUACUUCAGAUACUUCGACCCAGCCGCCGAUAUCUCUCCUCAUCACCCAGACUUCCACUCUUCUGCACCUUCAUCCGCUGCCUCUGGCGCGCGAUGGACGAUCAUUGACCGGCGAUUAGUGUCGGCGAAGGUGCUCAAGGACGCUGGCGAACAAUUUGCAGAUACGGACGCGGGCUUCCUAGUGCGGCGCAUACUCACGAAGGAGGAGAUCUUGGGCUAUGCAGAAAAGACUGGACAACGCAGUCAUCAGCGCGAGAGAUCUUCGUCGCCUACACCAGCGCCCCAAACGAAGGAGUCAAAACAAGAUAUCGACCUCUCGACUCCUGAACUUUCAACAAUCAACCUUGGCGACUACGUCACAUACGUUGACCGUCCUGGCGAACGCCCGCCCUCAGAAGCAAGAUCACGCGAACGUCGAACUAGCACGGGUGUUUCCAGCAGUUACGAUCGCCCAGCGUUGGCGGGAUACGCGGACGCUCUGCGGAACCCCGAUCGCGGACAUCUCGCGUCACUAUUAAUGUCCCCAGAUCCUCAUUGGACAAAAAUCGACAGGAGACUAGUCAAUUCUCAGGCGCUUGAGGAAGCUAAUGAGCAGUUCCGCUACGGGAAGGAUGAGCAAACUAUCAUUGUGCAUAGGAUGUUGACGCCAGCGGCGAUAAUGAAGCUUGCAGAGCGGACUAGGGAGAUUAGGAGGGGAAAAGAUGAAUGGGGCGCAGUUGCCGAGAGGGCGUUAGAAGCAGGAUCUAGAUCCAAGCCAGAGGAUGGGAAUGCUCUUAAAGAUCAGGGGACUGUAGGUCAGGAGAAGAAGGAGGAUCAGCUCAAGGCUGAGGUUGAGAAAGACCUGUCCGAGGCAGACUUUGGAUCGCGAACGAUAGAAAGCGCGUUGGGCUCGGAGAAGGCCCUUGAGCGACAGGGGAUUUCCGGACUCUCAACCAUCAACAUUAGCGACUACGCCACAUACCUUGACAUACAGGUUACUUCGAUCCCUCCGAUUCUUCGGGCCUGGCCGCUGCAUCGCAAAGCGAAACUGCAUACCCCGAAGCGAGAAUCCGCAAUGUCCACGCCCGACGUUCUAGUCCAGACUCUUUUGAUGAUGCUCUUGGGUACUCUGCGCCUUAUUCUGGGGAACCCGGGACUGACCCAGCGAGUUCUGGACACCGCGCCAUGUCUCCUUCGAGGGAAGAACACGUUCCACGCAUGCCCGACAUCGAAAGAACUCGACCUCCCCCAUCCCAUUCUUCAGGAGGAACCGACAUCCGAGCCGUACGCCAACGCGAACGUGAACUCGAGGAAGAAGAAGACGAACACGUCGUCGUCAGGAGAAUUCACCGCCCUUUAA